AUGAAUGUGGGUUUCGUACGUCAAUUGUUUUCUGGUGUGGGCAUAGGUAGCGGUAGCGGCAGCGGCAGCAAAGGAUAUUUACGUUUCCACGUUUGCUUUAUACUUUAUAUUAAUUUCAAACAUUUGUUUUCAAAAUAGAAAGUUUAUAACUGGAAAUGGCUGCUCAGUUCUUCAACAGAGUUGGACAGAUUGGGUUAGGAGUAGCUCUAGUUGGUGGAGUUGUAAACUCUGCAUUGUACAAUGUUGAUGGAGGCCAUCGGGCUGUAAUAUUUGAUAGAUUUGCUGGAGUUAAAAACCAAGUGGUUGGAGAAGGUACACACUUCUUUAUUCCUUGGGUACAACGUCCAAUCAUGUUUGAUAUUAGAUCGAGACCAAGGAAUGUGCCCGUUGUUACAGGAAGCAAAGACUUGCAAAAUGUCAACAUCACACUUCGUAUUCUCUUUCGACCUAUUCCCGAUCAGCUGCCACGCAUCUACACGAUCCUCGGUGUCGACUACGAUGAAAGAGUCCUGCCUUCAAUUACCACAGAAGUGUUAAAGGCUGUUGUUGCUCAAUUUGAUGCUGGUGAGCUGAUUACACAGCGAGAAAUUGUGUCUCAGAAGGUCAGUGAGGAUCUGAUGGACCGAGCUUCGCAGUUUGGUGUUAUCUUGGAUGACAUAUCUAUAACACAUUUAACAUUCGGCAAAGAGUUCACGCAAGCCGUGGAGUUGAAACAGGUUGCUCAGCAAGAUGCGGAGAAGGCUCGUUUCCUUGUAGAAAAGGCUGAACAGCAGAAGAAGGCGGCAGUGAUCACGGCAGAGGGCGAUGCGCAGGCUGCACUUCUACUUGCCAAGUCAUUCGGAGCCUCUGGCGAAGGUCUCGUGGAACUGAGAAGAAUCGAAGCCGCCGAAGACAUCGCAUACCAGCUUUCGCGAUCUCGACACGUGGCGUACCUACCUCCGGGGCAAAACAUAUUACUCAGCUUGCCCGCGCAGUAAACUUAUUACUGCUAUAGCCCAACCUUGCUGUCAAGUUUCCUUCAGGCUAUAGGACUCGUUACGUAAAAGGCAAAUGUCCGCAGGCGAUAACGUCACGUGCGUCUCGUAGGCCGUGAGGAGUCAGUUCUUCGCUGAAUUCAUUGAUUUUGAAACAUGUUACUGAGACUUUUUUUUCUGCAAGGGCAUUUGCGAAGGAAAUGAAUAGAUUUUUGAAUAUGUUUUAGUGUCUCUGGCUGAUAAUUCAGUGAUGCACGUGACUGAUCAAACGCUGUCCUUUGACAUUGUUAAAGACGACCUAAGAAUACACGUGUGCAUUUCAUAUUGGUCUUGGAAAGUAAUUUGUUUAAUGCAUAAAAUUCAUAUCCGUAGAUGUUCGGACCGUUAAAUUAGAGAGAAAGGAAUAUGUUUGAAUAAAUUGCCAGCAAGGUUUGUGGUAUGGGGUUGAGACUAAUGCAGGUGGACACUGUAGUCGUUAUUAGCGACAGCAAGGGACAGUGAAGUUACUUCAUUCAUUCAGUUAAUUGCCAAAAGUAAAUCUCGGUCUUAUCAGUGUAAAUGUGUGUAUGGCAAAAGAUAGUGUGAACGCUGCUCAGUGGUUAACUUCUCUGAACAUUUAUCCUUUUGUUCUUUUUAUAUGGAAAUAUGGAAAGAAGAUCGAGACUUACGUGUGUACCCGAAUGCAGCUGAGAAAUAAAAUGCCUUAUAUAAUUGAA